ACUGUGGGCGGGACUGGGGCUUGGCCACAGGAGACUCAGGAGGAACAGUGGAACUGGGCUGCAGACGCAGACGCAGGCUCAGGCUCAGCAGACGGCGCGGGAGUAUGGCAGCCAACCACUCAGGUGCCAAGGCCUGCCCUGUCGCCUUCUUGGUGGCUGCCGACGACAUCCUCAGUAAGUUCCAGGGGGACUUCCUGUGGCCCAUACUGGUGGUUGAGUUCCUGGUGGCUGUGGCCAGCAAUGGCCUGGCCCUGUACCGCUUCAGCACCCGGGAGCAGCGCCCGUGGCACCCCCCUGUGGUCUUCUCAGCCCAGUUGGCAGUCAGUGACCUGCUCUGUGCUCUGACGCUGCCCCCGCUGGCGGCCUACCUCUAUCCCCCCAAGCACUGGCGCUACGGGGAGGCCAUGUGCCGUCUGGAGCGCUUCCUCUUCACCUGCAACCUGCUGGGCAGUGUCAUCUUCAUCACCUGCAUCAGCCUCAACCGGUAUGUGGGCAUCGUGCACCCCUUCUUCACCCGCAGCUACCUGCGGCCCAAGCACGCCUGGGCCCUGAGUGCCACAGGCUGGGUCCUGGCCGCCCUGCUGGCCUCGCCCACGCUCAGCUUCUCCCACCUGAAGAGGCCACAGCAGGGGGCAGGCACCUGCAGCGUGGCCAGGCCCGAGGCCUGCAUCAAGUGUCUGGGGACAGCAGACAGCCACAGGCUGGCGGCCUAUAGAGCGUACAGCCUGGUCCUGGCGGGGCUGGGCUGUGUCCUGCCGCUGCUGCUCACGCUGGCAGCCUAUGGUGCCCUUGGACUGGCCGUGCUGCGCAGCACAGGCAUGACCGUGGCCGAGAAGCUGCGUGUGGCGGCGCUGGUGGCAAGUGGCGUGGCCCUCUACGCCAGCUCCUAUGUACCCUACCACAUCAUGCGGGUGUUCAACGUGGAGGCUCGGCGACGCUGGGACAGCCGCUGCCCAGACUUUGCAGAUGUGAGCCAGGCCAGGGCGGCCCUGGAGUUGGGGCCCUACGUGGGCUACCAGGUGAUGCGAGGCCUCAUGCCCCUGGCCUUCUGCAUCCACCCGCUGCUCUACAUGGCCGCAGUGCCCAGCCUCGGCUGCUGCCGCCAACACUGCCCCGGCUACAAGGACAGCUGGAGGCCAGAGGACGCCAAGAGCACCGGCCAAGCCCUGCCCCUCAAUGCCACAGCUACUCCUGAACCAUCGGAGCCCAUCCCAUGAGAAACUGCUGCGACCACCUCCUGGUUCCAUUCCUCCACUGACAGGCUAAGAGGAAUAAAAAAUCUAACCACGGCUAGUCGCAGGAGCUCCCUCCUGUAAUCCCAGCACUUUGAGAGGUGAAGGUGGGAGCAUCUCUUGAGCCCAGGAACUGGAGACCAGCCUGAUCAACAUAGAGAAACCCCACCUCUACAAAAAAUUAGCCCAGUGUGGCAGUGCACACCUGUAAUCCCAGCUACUCGGGAGGGUGAGGUGGGCGGAUGGCUUGAACCUGGGAGUACAAGGCUGCAGUCAGUUCUGAUUGUGCCACUGCCCUCAAGACUGGGCAACAGGACCGGACCCUGUGUCUUUAAAAAAAAAUAAAAGAAUCUAAC